UUGCUCCACCCCUUGUAUGAGUCAGAGGUUUUUUACGAGUGCUCCAGUAGUGACAGCUCAAAGCUGUCCACGUCAACACUAAACACCACCAUGGACUCCGUGGCUCUGGAGCCUUCAUUGUACACCGUUAAGGCAGUCUUCAUCUUAGAUAAUGAUGGAAACCGGCUUCUUUCAAAGUACUACGACACAGAGCUGUAUCCCUCUAUGAAGGAGCAGAAAAAUUUCGAGAAGAACGUCUUCAACAAAACGCACAAAGCAGACAAUGAAAUAGCCUUCCUGGAGGGCAUGACUAUAGUGUACAAGAGCAGCAUAGAUCUGUUCUUCUAUGUGGUGGGCAGUGCACAGGAGAAUGAGCUGAUGUUGAUGGCGGUGUUGAACUGUCUAUUUGAGUCUCUCAAUCAGAUCUUGAGGAAAAAUGUGGAGAAAAGAUGUCUGCUGGAUAAUCUGGAUGGAGCCUUUCUGGUGGUGGAUGAGAUCAUUGAUGGAGGGGUGAUCCUGGAGAGCGACCCACAGCAGGUAGUUGAGAAGGUCAACUACAGGUGUGUGUCAGAGCAAGCCUUUGGCUUUGUCCUGUUCGAUUACAUCACGGGUAACGUGGAGGGCCAGGCACAGAAGAGCCAGCCUUUUUAACUUGCACAGAAAAGACGCUCUUCCUCUCCACCUCCCUUCUCACAGUAAAGAGAAAGAAAUGGAGAAAACCAGAGUGGGAGGGAGAGAGGCAAUAGGCAGGUAACUGCAUGGAGUGGAUAAGUGUGUUUUCUUUCUGACGCAGGAACAACACUUGACAGCAGUGUGUAGGGCGUAGUAGGGGUGUAACCAUGCACUCCAGUCAUGAUUCGAUUCAAUUCAUAGUACUACAUUCUCAAGAUUUGAUUCGAUCCUCAGACUGUUUUAACAAAGUAUUUCUGCGUAAUAAACAGUGCAAAACAAUGUGCGUUUUAUUUCUGUCUAAAACUAACUAAAAUUGCUAUGAACAGAGGUUUAGUAUUGUAAACAAAAUGUACUACAGUUCACCACAUCUUUUAGUCAAAUCAAUAAAAUUAUUUUUUUUUAUACAAGUGUUUGACUUGAGGGCUUGAUCGACUGAAACAUAAGCUCCAUAGUAGAAAUAGAGCUGUAAAGUCGGCUAAAAUGACCGGUUUCCGCUGCCGUAGAUCACAGAUGUGCGGGGAUGGUAUUUGAAAGUAGAGCCCUGCGCUCCUGCGGGAGUCCCGCGGGACCCGACGCAAAGCAGUGCGGCGCGGGACAAAUUUUGAAAGCUCAUUGCGGGCGGGAGGGGGAGUGCACAAUGCGGUAGCGGGCGGGAGAGGUGAUGAGCUGCAGUCCUGCUAACUAAAAACGUGUUUAAAAUAAAAUUGAUAAAUUAUUAAUUUAUGUCUAUCAUAUAUAAUUUGUGCUGGAUAUUUUAUUUGGCAUUCAUAAAAACAUUUUAAGAUGCCUAAAUUUGUGGAUGUGGUCUAAUCUCGCGUACGUUUCCGCUUCCUUUCCGCUCUUCCGUGUUUGAGAUCUCCGAUCAUGGCAGAAGAGCAGAGCUCCUCUAGUGAAGCUUGAGCUCAGCUAAGCUCAGCAUGUUUAAUUCCCCAAGCCAAUGACAAGAACUUUCAUGAGAAAUAACGCAAACGUCUGCAUCAUGCAGGAUUUGCGGGUGGGAGCGGGACUGAAAAUCAUAAUUCUUUGCAGGAGCGGGACUUGCACAAUGCGGGAGCGGGCGGGAGCGGGACCUGCACAAUGCGGGAGCGGGCGGGAGCAGGACUGAAAAUUCUGUCCCGUGCAGACUCUAUUUGAAAGUACUGAAGAGCUCAUUUAAAAUGUUAUGUGGUCAUGUAACUGUAUAAGUAAGUUAUUCCACAAAAUCGAGUCAUACACGAGCUGAUAUAAGCCAUGUAUGACAAGAUGGAGUGGAAUAACUGUUUUUAUUCUAUCCAUGUUCACUGGAUUUUGAGAAACUGAUCACUUUUUUUUUUUUGCAAAUUUGAUAACUUUAUGCAAAACGUCCGACAAAAUAAUUUCCGCUUAGAAUGUAAACAAGCCGGCGAAAUGACGGGAGCAAGUUGUGAAAAAUACUGCUAUAAUAAUUCUUGGAAAAAAAAAAAAGAGACGUUCUUACAAUCAAUUUUGUUUAAUUUUUUGGGGGAUUUUGUGUUUGAGUAGAGUUUUUAUUUCAUCCUCGGUUGGUUCAGCAACAUGGUCUGCCAUUUUGUUUUUCUCUACUCACAGUAUAUGAGCUGAUAUCCUAGUAGUAGAGUAGCCAAUCAGAGCGCACGAUUGCUCAUAUCCUGUGAACGUGGAUAGAAUGUGUUGGACGUUGCAGUCUGGAGCUAUUGAACUAUCAGUCAAUUCACAAGUUCGGAUGAUUCUUGCCUUGGUAAUAGGAAUCUCGCAGACUUGCCACAAAAGAACAUGGUCACAUGACCAGCAUGCUCACUUCAUUUCUCUCUGUGGCUUGUACAAAUUGGGACCUCUAGUGUUCAAACAGUGCAAUUGCACUAUGUAUAAUUCCGAGAAUGUUGAUAUUGCACGUUUCCGUGAUGCACAUCAGAUUACUUACAUUGUAGUGAAUCACGUCAUGAUGUAUUGUUACACCCCUAGCAUGUAGUGAUGGAUACAUUUUUUACAAACUUACCCUGUCCCACUCAAGUCAAUCAUAUGUCAUGGUCUCAAAUUGCCCAGUUGUUCUGGGGGGGGGGUCAUUGUUGGUCUGUAUUUUCUAUUAUUUGAUAACUCUGUCAUGCUCUUACUUGGAUUUCUUCUUUGAUAUCUUACAAGUUUGAUCAUGUAUAUGUAUAAAUGUGCGUAUGGGUAAAAGAUGAGGCUUUUAUUUGCAUCUUGAGCCUUUUCAUUUUACGUUACACUCUUCAGUUUUCUUAUAAAUGUGUUUACAGGAUGAACUGACACACUGAAAGAAAACUCCACCCAGAAUGACUUGAAUAUUCUUCAUAAUUAUCACAUCUCCAAUGCUGUGGAAAACUUUUUAAUGAAAUUCUGAUUUUUGUUUAAACAUGUAAACUUUCAUUGAUUUAAGAAAUCAUUCACAUUAGCCACAAUGCCACCCAACUACCUGCUGACGGCAGUGCUGGUGGGUUUUAGCCCUUACUUCAUUUCUACCUACACUCUCGGAAAAUAAAGUACAUUACUGUACCUUUUCGGGGUACAAUGGAUGGUCACUGGUGCAGUAUUCUCAAAGGUACUUAUUUGUACCAUUUUUAUAUACUGCUUUGGGAGCAUGUAUGUACCUUUUUGGCCAUAGAAAUGUACACCAAGAUACCCUGAGGUCCAAUAACGAGUCCUAGAGAGUACAUAAGUAUAGAUUGUACCUUGGGGGACAGAAAUGGACUCCUCCUGUACCCCCAUUUCUGACCGUGUAAAGGAUGAUGAAGCAACACUUCAGUCCUCUAAAUAUGUCCAGCUUUUUCACCUCCUCCUAAUCUGUACAGUCUUUGCUCAAAUAGAUGAAGUUCCAUAGCUUCAACUUUCAUGCUAAUACUGCCAUCAGUGACAUUGUGCCGGUCAGCAAAUGCAUCAUAUCGCUGCAUUGUUCAACUUCGAGUCCAGUGUUUGCUAUCUCCAUUACUUCUACAUUGAGUUUAAUACAACAUUUGAACAUCACUGAAAAAAGCUCUUUUUUCUUUUAAGCGUCAACAGCAACAUCUGAUUGUUGUACCUUUUUAUGAUUGAUCAUUGCUUUCUUUUCUUGAUUUCUAUUAAACUCUGCUGUAACUGGACUAGCUGUGAUGUAAGAGUGACAGAAGACCAAUAACUUCUCACAGAAAUUGCCACAGUACGGCACCGACCAACAAAUUGGGACACAUCACAAAUGUUUCAGUAUAAUGGCCUUUAAGUUCAGCUAAAAAAAAUUAACAAGAGUUCUAACUUACAAAGAUGACAUAAAUGGUCACAAAGCAUACAAUUUAAUCUCUCUCUCAAUUAUAUGUCUACAAAUUUGAGCACAUUUUUUAUUUUUUGCAUUUGUUUCCUGUAUAUCAUGUAUGAAUGUGCUCUAGUUUCUC